CUCACGUGCUCCCAGUGGUGCGAUCCUGCAAACCGAACGCUGCAGUUUGAGGGCACUAUUUUACAGUUCAAUCUCGCUGUCAAAGGUUGAGGAAGCAUGCAGUUUGUUUUCAGGUUAGCUUUAAACGAGGUACUUCAAAGCGAGGUCUCCAACUGUCUGAGGUUAUAUAUAGCUACCAUUCUCCUCCUUGCACGGUUGUGUGAGUCACCGCAUCAUAUGGAGAAGGGACAACCGCUGGUUCACGAGGUUUUAUGCUAGAGUGAACAAGCCAAGGCAGAAUCUUUCACCCCGAAGUGUAUUCGGAUUCUCCAAGAAGUCAAGCAGCAUUUCUACAUGUGAGCUAUCAGCGUUUCGUUUAAUUAAUUCAGCCUUUUACGCUGUGCUGUAGGCUACGCUUGCUUAAUUUGGUUUCGCCUAUUUAUUUAUUCCCGCAUCGAUAAUAAUGGACUGAAAGUCGCGGAUAAACAAUAACUACCUGCCGUGAUUUCGUGUUUGUAUAAAUGAUAGAGGAUACGAUGACACUGUUGUCUCUUUUGGGUCGGAUCAUGCGUUAUUUUCUGCUCAGACCAGAGACCUUGUUCCUCCUAUGCAUAAGCCUGGCUCUGUGGAGUUACUUCUUCCACACUGACGAGGUGAAAACCAUCGUCAAGUCCAGCCGCGAUGCUGUCAAAAUGGUCAAGGGGAAAGUUGCGGAGAUUAUGCAGAAUGAAAAAUUCAGGGGUCUAGAUGUUCUGGACGCAGAGUUCUCCAAAACGUGGGAGUUCAAGAGUAACAAUGUUGCGGUGUACUCCAUCCAAGGCCGGAGAGAUCACAUGGAAGACCGCUUCGAGGUCCUCACUGACAUCGUGAACAGGAGUCACCCGUCUAUAUUUGGGAUUUUCGAUGGCCAUGGGGGAGAGGCGGCGGCUGACUUUGCCAAGGCCCAUCUGUCGGAGGCGUUGCGUCAACAGCUCCUGAGCUACGACCGGGAGAAGGAGAAGAAUGAGAGCAGCGGUGGUCUGUCCUAUUCCUCCAUUCUGGAGCAGCAGAUCCUGGCUCUGGACAGGGACAUGCUGGACAAGCUGUCAGCCGUCUACAACGAAGCAGGUACCACAUGUCUGGUGGCCCUGCUGUCUGAUAAAGAGUUGACGGUGGCGAACGUUGGCGACUCGCGCGGAGUGCUCUGUGACAAAGAUGGCAAUGCCAUCGCCCUGUCACAUGAUCACAAGCCCUACCAGCUCAAAGAACGCAAGAGGAUCAAGAAGGCUGGUGGCUUCAUCAGUUUCAACGGUUCGUGGCGUGUUCAGGGCGUCCUGGCAAUGUCUCGUUCGCUGGGCGACUACCCUCUGAAGAACCUGAAUGUUGUCAUCCCCAACCCCGACAUCAUGACCUUUGACCUAGAUAAGCUGCAGCCAGAGUUUAUGAUCCUGGCGUCGGACGGGCUGUGGGACGCAUUCAGCAACGAGGAGGCCGUACGCUUCAUCAAAGAGCGCCUCGACGAACCCCACUUUGGCGCUAAGAGCAUCGUCCUGCAGUCUUUCUACCGCGGGUGCCCGGACAACAUAACCGUCAUGGUGGUCAAGUUCAAAGGUGCCGGUGGCAAAGCCGCAGAGCAGUAGACCUACUGAUACAUCCAAAUGAGAGAUCUAUAUUAUAUAUGAAUAUAUAUGUAUGUGUGUGCAUAGGUUUAAAAGAAAAGAGAAAACAAGCCGUCAGUUUUUGGAGUGAGAACUGUUUGUAUUGAAGAUAUUUACAGAAAUGAGCCAUUCGCCACCAUGAUGCAAACACUAAAAUGUACACAUACAAAUUCACUCACACUCUCGAACAGUCACUUGUUACGUUUUUUUCUUCAAUCCACAUAACGUAUCAUUAAUGUUUUUUAGUUGUUUUUUAAGCAGUCAUCCUCCAGGCCCUAGACUGUGUUACUAUUACUAUGUUACUAUUUUGCAGAAGAGGUACACCAAGAUAUCAACAUAAUUUGAAGUCGAGACCAAGUUGUAGUGAUUUGUACUGAAAAAACCUUUAUCAGCAGAUAUCUGAUUUGGUGCUUACAUACAUCAGAGCACCUGUAACUGAACACCUGUUUGGUUAGCCAGAGGGGCUAAAUAGUUUCUGUUUAAAGACAGCUCAGACUAGACAAACGUAACUGUGUUCUCUUCUGUUUUGUCUGGCAUGGCCUAUUUGUUUGGAGGGGGGGCAGCAAUCAAACAGACAGUGACUGAUUUGAUUAAGAUGGCAUUAGGAGAUGCAUGCUCUGCGGUCCUCAACAACGGACUGUUGCCUGCAUGAGUGUACCAUGUCAAAUCACAUCCAGUUUGAUUCUUCACUGUCACCCCUUGAUUUCUAACGUUGAUCUGUCGUUCUAAACAUUGGCCAUCUUUGUCUGUCGGCUCCAUAGACAUUUAAACCUGUCAGCUUCCUAGCGCCAUGUUGAUUUUUGACCUGCAGUUGAGUACCCCCAAAUGACUGCACUGAGAAUUGCAACUGUAUUUUGAAGUUCUGUAGUUUAUUGGUACUAAAUAUAAUAGAUAUCGUUCCUCAUUCAUGCAGACUACUAAUGAUGUCAUCUAUGCCUGUCUGUCGACAACGAUCUGUGGUCAUCCGUCUGCCCAGAAUACAUUUCUUUAACUCUCAUCCCAUGUUAACCCUGAUCUAGGAAUCACUUUGACACUAGUUGCACAAAUGUUUGCACCAUGCUGUUAUUAUUGUUAUGCCAGUCUUUUUUUCAUGAAUUAUACAAAUUGAUUUUCACAUGCGUGGUGGCAUUCUACUGUUUGAAUACCCGACACGUCUUUAUUCUGAUCAUUGGCAGCCGAUUGUCUUUCUGAAGUUGGGUAUAGUUCUAUGGACUCAUGCUCCCUCGACAUCAGGGACUGUCACUGUCUGUCAUAUAGUACAGCUUACUUUAAGUUUAUUUCUGUAAACUGACAGACUCAAAACGUAACAUGAAGCCUUUGAAUGAAAUGAUUUACCUGUUGCCUUAUUUUUUUUAAUAUACAUUUCCUCAUGAAUUUGUUGCCAAAACUAACUCCUUGGUUUGUAAUGUUCGUUAAACAUGCACAUCGCAUGUAGAUAUAUCUCACGUGUAGAAUACCAUCACAGAUGUCUCCGUGAGACAAGGAAGUGUGACAUGAAUGUACAUACAGUGCCUUUGGAAAGUAUUCAGACUCCUUGACCUUUUCUACAAAUUGUUACGGUACAGCUUUAUUCUAAAAUUGAUUAAACAAAUAAAAUUCCUCACACAAUACCCCAAAACCAGAAAUACCUUAUUUACAUAAGUAUUCAGACCCUUUGCUAUGAGACUCGAAAUUGAGCUUGGGUGCUUCCUGUUAAGAUUGAUCAUCCUUGAUGUUUCAACAACUUGAUUGGAGUCCUCCUGUUGUAAAUUAAAUUGAUUGGACAUGAUUUGGAAAGGCACACACCUGUCAAUAUAAGGUCACACAGUGGUCAGAGCAAAAAACAAGCAAUGAGGUCGAAGGAACUGUCCGUAGAGCUCCGAGACAGGAUUGUGUCCAGGCACAGAUCUGGAGAAGGGUACCAAAAAAUGUCUGCAGCAUUGAAGGUCCCCAAGAACACAGUGGCUUCCAUCAUUCUUAAAUGGAAGAAGUUUGGAACCACCAAGACUUCCUAGAACUGACGGCCAGGCCAAACUGUGCGAUCGGGGGAGAAGGGCCUUGGUCAGGGAGGUGACCAAGAACCCUCAGGUCACUGACACUUAGGUCACUGGUUCGCCUUCCAACAGGACAACAACCCUAAGAACACAGCCAAGACAGUGCAGGAGUGGCUUCAGGACAAGUCUCUGAAUGUCCUUGAGUGGCCCAGCCAGAGCCCGGACUCUCUGGAGGGACCUGAAAAUAGCUGUGCAGAAACACUCCCCAUCCAACCUGACAGAGCUUGAGAAGAUCUGUUGAGAAGAAUGGGAGAAACUCUCCAAAUACAGGUGUGCCAAGCUUGUAGGGUCAUACCCAAGAAGACUCAGUGCUGUAAUCGCUGCCAACGGUGCUUCAACAAAGUACUGAGUAUAGGGUCUGAAUACUUACGUGAAAUUUAAGUUUUUUAUUUUUAGUAAAUUAGCACUUUUUUAAAAUUAUUUUCUUUUUGGCUUUGUCAUUAUGGGGUAUUGUGAGUAUAUUUGAGGGGGGGACAAUGUAAUUUUAGAAUGAGUCUGUAACCUAAAAAAAAGUGGAACUUGUCAAGGGGUCUGAAUACUUUAUGAAGGCACUGUACUGUUCCCAUGUUAUCCUCUUCCUCCACAUCUGCAAUGAAGAAAGCAAUGCACCAACUCUUUGGUUUAUUAACAAAAGAGGUAUUUUACUAGAUUAGUAUGUUUGUGCUUUUUCAGUUUCAAAAUAAUGUACAGUGGGAAGAACAAGUAUUUGAUACACUGCCGAUUUUGCAGGUUUUCCCACUUACAAAGCAUGUAGAGGUCUGUAAUUUUUGUCAUAGGUACACUUCAACUGUGAGAGACUGAAUCUAAAACAAAAAUCCAGUAAAUCACGUAUGAUUUUUAAGUAAUUCAUUUGCAUUUUAUUGCAUAGCAUAAGUAUUUGAUACAUCAGAAAAGCAGUACUUAAUAUUUGGUACAGAAACCUUUGUUUGCAGUUAAAGAGAUCAUGCAUUUCCUGUAGUUCUUGACCAGGUUUGCACACACUGCAGCAGGGAUUUUGGGCCACUCCUCCAUACAGAACUUCUCCAGAUCCUUCAGGUUUCGGGGCUAUCGCUGGGCAAUACGGACUUUCAGCUCCCUCCAAAGAUUUUCUAUUGGGUUCAGGUCUGGAGACUGGCUAGGCCAUUCCAGGACCUUGAGAUGCUUCUUACGGAGCCACUCCUUAGUUUCCCUGGCUGUGUGUUUCGGGUUGUUGUCAUGCUGGAAGACCCAGCCACGACCCAUCUUCAAUGCUCUUACUGAGGGAAGGAGGUUGUUGGCCAAGAUCUCGCAAUACAUGGCCCCAUCCAUCCUCCUCUCAAUACGGUGCAGUCGUCCUGUCCCCUUUGCAGAAAAGCAUCCCCAAAGAAUGAUGUUUCAACCUCCAUGCUUCACGGUUGGGAUGGUGUUCUUGGGGUUGUACUCAUCCUUCUUCCUCCAAACACUGCGAGUGGAGUUUAGACCAAAAAGCUCUAUUUUUGUCUCAUCAGACCACAUGACCUUCUCCCAUUCCUCCUCUGGAUCAUCCAGAUGGUCAUUGGCAAACUUCAGACGGGCCUGGACAUGCGCUGGCUUGAGCAGGGGGACCUUGCGUGCGCUGAAGGAUUUUAAUCCAUGACUGCGUAGUGUGUUACUAAUGGUUUUCUUUGAGACUGUGGUCCCAGCUCUCUUCAGGUCAUUGACCAGGUCCUGCCGUGUAGUUCUGGGCUGAUCCCUCACCUUCCUCAUGAUCAUUGAUGCCCCACGAGGUGAGAUCUUGCAUGGAGCCCCAGACCGAGGGUGAUUGACCGUCAUCUUGAACUUCUUCCAUUUUCUAAUAAUUGCGCCAACAGUUGUUGCCUUCUUACCAAGCUGCUUGCCUAUUGUCAUGUAGCCCAUCCCAGCCUUGUGCAGGUCUACAAUUGUAUCCCUGAUGUCCUUACACAGCUCUCUGGUUUUGGCCAUUGUGGAGAGGUUGGAGUCUGUUUGAUUGUGUGUGUGGACAAGUGACCUUUUAUACAGGUAAUGAGUUCAAACAGGUGCCGUUAAUACAGGUAAUGAGUGGAGAACAGGAGGGAUUCUUAAAGAAAAACUAACAGGUCUGUGAGAGCCGGAAUUCUUACUGGUUGGUAGGUGAUCAAAUACUCAUGUCAUGCAAUAAAAUGCAAAUUAAUUACUUAAUCAUACACUGUGAUUUUCUGGAUUUUUGUUUUAGAUUCCGUCUCUCACAGUUGAAGUGUACCUAUGAUAAAAAAAAAUACAGAUCUCUACAUGCUUUGUAAGUAGAAACACUGCGGAUUUUGCAGGUUAUCAAAUACUUGUUCUCCCCCAAUGUAUGUUAACAAAUGUUUAUGUGGAGUUUGUAUUUGUUUUUGUUGAAUUUAAGAAACUGUAAAAUAUAUAUAUAUAUAUCUGUGUAUUUUAAGAUAAAAUCAAACCGAUAACAAUAAAAGGAUUAAUGAUCAUA